CCGCCGAGCCCUCUACAACGAUUAGGUAGCUGACAAGGUUUUGUGGCCAUGUACGAGUAGCGUGGGAAAAGGAGGGGCCGUUCAGCGCAGUCGAAAGUCUCAACCAAAAUACCUUGAACUUGCGACUGUGCAAGUAUUACUCGCGUUCGAGCGAGGCAAUGCCCGAGUCCGUCACAUCCUCAGUCCUUCCAUUGUUCGAAGAUCGGGACGAAAGACCGUCUCUUGUGUGGUGCCCUUGUGCAACCUCGGUGCAUGAAGUGCCAUGGAAUGUCGUUGUUCUCGUAACCGUCUUGAGCUCACGUUCCGCAACGUCUGGUUUGAAGUUUCGACAGCUGGCUCGACAACCGACAACCUCAACCCCCAACAACGUUGGAGCUGACCCGUUAACAAAGAAAAAUGUACCUAUCGCCAAGUCCAUCGCUUACAACGUCAACAAGCACAUCUGGUUCAGUUUGCAUCAUAAUGUGAGCACGAAUGCCAGCAUACAACACCCCGGUCGAUCUCGAAACGUUCUGCUAUGGUCGAGCUGGAAUAGAGGAUCCGCAACACCCGACGUGCUUUUUUGCGGAUUUGUUCUUCUCCAUGGUUGUGAACAUCCGUCUCGCUGAGACUCUCAAGUAGUCUCAUCUUCCAAUGCAUCCAGAUUUUGUUGUAGGAGCUGACUCCAAGACAUGGUACCACCUGUUGAAGCUGUCGGAUGGUCCACUUCCCCUCUAUGGUCCGUUUCUAGUCAAAGAUGACGAUAAAACCUUUCGCUUUUGCUUCAGCAACAGACUGUCAGUCUCAUCUCGAUGCUUCACUUGAUUCAGGAGCACCCGUGUUUGGAAGCAACGUCUGCAUCAUUGCUAUGUAUCGACACAAGGUCCAGCUCUG